CUCUCUAUACUUCCCAAGUCCCCACUGGGCAAUAUUCCGCCUCCUCGAGUCCUCGCAUUCCGUCCCUCGCUGAUCUCUCUUUUUCAAAAAUGGUGAUUAUGUGAGACUAUGGACUUGAAAUAAGGUAUUCUUGCUUUUCUCUGCGUUGAUUCUGCUUAGGUAGAUGUGUGUUUAUCCCACUGUUUUCAAGCCAAGCAAGAAAGAAUUGGGGUUUCUCAACUACCUGAAUUUAGUUUGGUAGCUGAUACAUUGGGGUUUUGAAGGGAAGUUUUAGGGUUUUUUCUUAUAUAGAUUUAGUGGCUGAUCACGUUGAGGAUUGGGAGGAAAGUGUUGAGGGAUUCUGACAUCUAGAUUUAGUUCGGCGGCGGUUAUAUUGUGGAUUUGAAGGGGGCAUGUCAGGUCAGGAGGAUGCUGCCUCAGGCAGUGGCGAUAUGGACUCCUGUGGGCCAUUCCAGGCUUCUGAAGCCCGAAAAACCUAUUGGCGCUCAGCUUCAUGGUCCUCUUCCCGGUCCAUGCUGCCGCCUUUGAACACCGAUAGUGAGAGAGAUGGCGCAAGUCCAAAUGCGACAAAUAGUGUGCAAGCUAGGCGGUUUCCUGCUCCUUUAACUCCUAGAUCCCAACAGAAUUGUAAGGCAAGGUCAUGUUUGCCCCCAUUACAACCACUCUCCAUUGCUCGCAGGAGCUUGGAUGAGUGGCCAAAGGCCGGGUCGGAUGAUGUUGGGGAAUGGCCAGUUCCUAUCACCCCGGGUGGAAGAGAUUUGAACAAGAACGGGGAGAGAUUGAAGCUUGAUCUGUCAACAAUCCAAAGGAACUCUGACAAGAAUGGUGGGCUUGUUAAGAGAGAAAAGAUUGCGUUCUUUGAUAAAGAGUGUUCCAAGGUGGCUGAACAUAUAUAUCUAGGUGGGGAUGCUGUUGCAAAAGAUAGGGACAUACUCAAACAGAAUGGGAUAACCCAUAUUCUUAACUGUGUGGGUUUUGUUUGUCCGGAGUAUUUCAAAGCCGACUUCGUAUACAGAACUCUGUGGUUGCAGGAUAGUCCCUCAGAAGAUAUUACUAGCAUAUUGUACGAUGUUUUUGAUUACUUUGAAGAUGUCAGGGAACAAGGUGGAAGAGUUUUUGUGCAUUGUUGUCAAGGGGUCUCUCGAUCUACUUCAUUGGUAAUUGCUUAUCUUAUGUGGAGAGAAGGGCAAAGCUUUGAUGAUGCUUUUCAAUAUGUGAAGGCGGCCAGGGGAAUUGCUGAUCCGAAUAUGGGUUUUGCGUGCCAGUUGUUACAGUGCCAGAAAAGGGUUCAUGCUUUUCCUCUGAGUCCCAGUUCGUUGCUGAGGAUGUAUAGGAUUGCCUCUCACUCGCCGUAUGAUCCACUGCAUCUUGUCCCAAAAAUGUUAAAUGACCCUUCUCCUUUUACUCUGGAUUCUAGAGGGGCAUUUAUCAUUCAUAUACCUUCUUCUAUCUAUGUGUGGAUAGGUAAGAAAUGUGAGGCCAUCAUGGAAAGGGAUGCCAGGGGAGCUGUUUGCCAAAUAGUUCGGUAUGAGAAAGUGCAGGGGCCAAUAAUAUUGAUUAAGGAAGGGGAAGAGCCGGCAUAUUUUUGGGAUGCUUUUUCUAAUCUCCUACCUUUGAUGGAUAAAGCUAGUAAUGGGGUGAGUGAUGUUGAUUCAGCAAUUAAAGUUUGCCCAGGUGAGAGAAAAGUAGAUUUGUAUGAUAUAGAUUUCGAUAUUUUCCAGAAAGCAAUCAAAGGGGGCUUUGUGCCUCCCUUCGCAUCAUCUGAAGCUGAAAGUGAAACGCGUCUUCCGGCAAGAGAAAGCAAUUGGAGUGUGCUGAGGCGUAAGUUUGCUUCUGGUAACAUGAAGGACUUUGUAUCAGCUUCGAAUAUGACUCUCUCCAGAGUUUACCCAGAUUCCGUAUUGACAGUAGGUGGAGAUAAUUCCAUGACCAAAUCAUUGCAUCCUUCAGCAAAUUUGUCGUCAUCAACAUUCCCAUCAUUAGUUUCGUUGCCAUCGUUAUCAUCUUCUUCUUCUUCCCCUCCCUAUCUCUCACCCGACUCCAUCUCUUCUGAUUCAAGCAUUAGUUCGAAGUGCUUUUCAGAUUCCCCUACGAUGUCUCCCUCAGCAGUGCCAUGUUCUCAUCUACAAUCUUCGACCAUUGCAAGUUUCUCUAAUUUGGCUCCCCUAUCCAAAAUUUCUCCUCAAUCUAUAACUAAAACUUCAGAAUUCAUUGAUGUUAAUUUUGCAUCGGGACCUCGGUCUAAAUCAGUGUCCUCACCAUCUAAAAGAUCUCCCUUUUCUAUUGCGGAGCGCCGAGGUAGCUUGACGAAGUGUCUCACAUUGCCAGUGCGGACUGAUGAUUCGAGGGGAAAAGAUGUCCCCUCAAAUUCCCGCACGAGACAACAUUAUUGUAUUAAUGGAAACAGUUUUUGUGAACCUCAAAUGACAAAAAAUCCGUUACAGCCCAAGAGAGGAGGUCCAAGUCAAGAAUGCGAGUUACAAAGAUCUUCCUAUGGUGCAGCUAAUGGGGAUUCACGGGAUGAGCAUGCUCCUUUCAUUGAAAUUUCUGACGAACCAUGCAAAAACCAUCCUUUGGGAAAGAGGUCCGCUGGUUUUACUGGAUUCUUGGCCAGUUGUUCGGCAUGUUGUAACCCCCCGCCACCAGUGAUAUGUCGCUGGCCCAGUUUGGAAAAGGUCGCGAGAUUUGGUGCUGGUGAUUUGGACUCUGAAGCUGUGUUCAUUUUUUUAACUUCAAGUUCAGGUUUAGGCAAAAGUAAGGAUAGUGUAAUGUAUUUUUGGGUUGGAAAGUCUUUUUGUAAGGGUCAAAGCAAGAUUCCACUCGGUAGCCAUGGAAAGUUAGGUGAUCUAGAAGAGAUUGGCUGGAAUCAAAUUGGUUCUCAUGUUCUUACUCAAAUGGGCCUGCCAGAGGCCACUGAUAUUAAGGUAGUUAAGGAAGAUGAAGAACCCGUUGAAUUCCUUGCAUUGUUGAGUUCCUUGUAAGCCAUAGUAACUGAAGGAGGGAUCUGCAAUCUCAGCAGCUUUCUUCUUGUACCAUUUCUUCAGCAUGUAAAGUUUACCUUGCAACUUUGUCGGGCAUAUCAAGGAACCUUGCCUGACAACACUAUGAGGUAUGACCAUCUUGUUACCAUUAUUUCAUAGGUGAGCUCGUUUUCUUGUUGAUUUCAUAGGUGAGCUCAAUCUUUGAGUUGAGGCUGUUGAGCCUUUUGGUUCAUUAUAAUUGAUACGUUUAUAUAAUGCUGGUCAUUCAAGACAACCUGCAUAUUGGAUUGUGGCUCCAAGUGUAGGAUCAUGGUCUUAGCAAUUGUGCUAUCAUUGCUGUGUAUUCAAAUGGCAAAUCCUAAAUUCUUGAAGGGGAGAGUGGUUUAAGCUUGUGUAUAAUGGCUAAUUCAUUCAUAGGCAAACAACGUUACUACUUUUAGGGUAUGUUUGGUUCGAUGGAGUCAACAUUGGAAUAGAAUGGUCAUUCCGAUGCCAUACUUAUUCCUAUGUUUGGUUCACCAUCAAGAAUGAUCAUCUAUGAAGCAUCGACACCUCUAGAGGUCGAAGUGUCGCAGUGUCCGGACACAGGGACACGUGUCCUCGACGCCACGUGGCGUGUCCAAUAAUUUAAUUUAAAUUUUUGAGGGGAACACAGCUGGGGACAUGACAAGGUCAAACUGAUUUUUUUUUAAAAAUUUGGGGGUCAAGCUGUAAUUAUUUUUUAAAAAUUUGGGGUCAAAUUGUUAUCAUGGAACUAUGGAUCUUUUGUUUUCAAUUGGGAUGUAUUGAACUUAUGGAUGUCUUGUUUUGUUUGAAUGGUACUGGAAUUAUGGAUACUUAUUAAAAAAAAAAAAGUAUUGGAAUUAUGGAUGUUUCGUUUUGUCCACAUUUUGCCAUUUAAACUUGGAAAAAAAUAGAUAAAUAAAUAAAUAUAUAUAUAUAUACACAAACACCACGGAUCCUAUAAGGGAUCCCGCAUUUUGUUAAAAUGCGGGCCUCCCAUUUUUCGAUCAAAUUUCGAUGAUUCGAACCAUUCAAUGUGUGCAGAAUGUGAUUUUUAAGGGUCCCCGCGAGAAAUUAGCAAAAAAUAUGACUGGGAAGUGCUUGUUUUGAGCAGUUUUUAAUUGAACCGUUCAAUGAAAACUGCUCAGAUCAAGCACUUUUUGUCAUCUUUUUUGCUGAUUUCUCGCGGAAACCCUUAAAAUCACAUUAUGAUCACAUUGAAUGAUUCGGAUUAUCAAAAUUUGAUCGGGAUUGUGAGGUCCAAAUUUUACGAAAAUAAGGGAUCACUUAUGGGAUCCUCACUGUAUACAUAUACAUACAUAUAUAUAAAAUAUACAAGUGGCGUGUCCCCUGUCGUGUCCGUGUUCCCAUUUUUUAAGAAUUCCCAUGUUCGUAUCUGUGUCUGUGCAUCAUAGAUGAUCAUUCUAAAUAGAAUCACUAUUCAGCUUAGUAAAGGAAUUGUCAUUCCACUAAAAAAACGAAGGAAUUGCCAUUCCACUAAAAAAACAAAGGAAUUGCCAUUCCA